AUGAAUGCAGAGAUUACCCACGCCAAAGAAGAGUCCCCACUGAGAAAGAAACGCUUGCAACCUAAGGCGGGGAAGCGUUUUGUGUCAAUCAUGGAAAAUUCCAAUGCCGUGCCAAUUCAGCGCUUGGUCAAAGUAUUGAAUGAGCUGAGUGGUAAGAUGGACAACAUCAACACCAGCCCCACAUCUCAAUCUUCUGCUACCAAGAGUGAUAGGAUUGGUCGGAGAAAGAAGCUGCCUGUAUCCUCAGAGUGUAGUAAUGCCACAAGAGAUGUGUAUAAAACAUUGCUGAAAGGAGAUGUAACCUUUGGCUACAACUUGGGGAAGGAAGUGAGUUUCCAUGGCACAGAAAAUGAACUAACUACAAAAAGAAUCACCAGGGGUGUAAGAGAUGCAUAUGGUGGAAAGGAAAAGUGUCCUUUUUCCACAGCUGAAAUAGAAGGAGCAUGUCAACGCUACUUUAAAUCCUUAAGGGAUUCUGAGAGAAGGAAAGAGAAAGGAACUAACCAGAGACAUGCUGUAACAAGCAGGAGGCAAAGCAGAAGACGAGAGCGAUGCAUACGACUGCAAAAGGCCAUCAAAACUGCCUCCUUUACAUCUCUCGCCAAGGAAAAGGUACGACCUUUGCUGACUCCAGACUACAUGUCAUCAGAAGAGUCUGAUAUAGAGAAUGGCGAAAGGACUUCUAAAGUUCGACACCUGUCUUGGCAGAAGAAGAAGUUUAGAAAGGCCAAGGAAGUCCUUGAAGAGGAAUAUGAAAGAACAUUGCCCAUCCAUCUGAAGGGGAAUAAAAGAAAAAGAGUACAACUGGAAAUCCCAUCCAGAAGAAAGCCCCCUGCUAGCUGUCCAUCAUGGGUAAUACGUAGUAGCUGGAGAGACAGUGCAGAAGAGGAGGAGGAAGAGGAACAGGGUGACAUCAGCUGA